CACCAACGUUCAACAAGUCUGAAAAUUCUAUGAAAACUAGGGUAAGAGUGACGAUAGGGUUUGACAUGUGAUGAAUAGGGUCCCAUUUAUGGUGAACAGCCAGCUGCGAGUGUUCAAUGCUGUACCUCUCCUCUCGUUAAGAAGAUCUUUCUGUGAACAAGAAUUUGUUCUCUUUUUUUUGCCUGGUACUGUUAAAAAAAGUCCAGCAUUAUGACUUCUCACUUCGGCGCGCUGGUCACUAUCGAGUCACGACCCAAUGAAGUCAGUCAACCACCAACAGCGCAUGCAAAACACUUUCCUCCGCCUUCGCCACUGGAAUUAGACAACCUAGAAUUCGGCAUUCUGAACAAUGAUACCUCGGGCUCGCAAACGGGUACACAGACACCAAUCGUGCCUGCAACGCCAGGGACUCAGCGAGACUAUUUGAUCAGUCGGCCUCCAACGCCAAGCGAAGACCUCGCCGUGCCUAUUGUUGCUAGCUGGUGUAGUCCGCCCAUGAACAAGUGGCGAGUUCCGUGUGUAUCCCUCACAUAUUUUGGAAAUGGGUUCUCCGACGGCGCAGCUGGCGCUCUGAUUCCAUACAUGGAGACACACUAUAACAUCGGCUAUGCCGUGGUUUCGUUAAUCUUCGUCACGAACGCAGUGGGUUUUCUCAGCGCAGCGUUUGUCGCGGAUAUGAUUCUUCACAAAAUUGGACGAGCAAAGACCUUGAUGUUGGCAGAAGCUCUGCUCAUUGUUGGCUAUACCAUUACCGUCUGCACUCCACCGUUCCCGCUUGUUGUCGUAUCGUUCUACUUCCUGGGCUUUGCUUUUGCGCUUACGCUUGCCAUGAACAAUGUGUUUGUGGGUACACUGGCGGACUCGACCGUCUUGCUAGGUUUCGCGCAAGGGGCGUAUGGAAUCGGUGCCACAGUUGGCCCCAUUGUUGCUACUACAAUUGUCUCGAGGGGCAUACUGUGGUCAAGAUUUUACUGUGUCGCUGUUGGACUGAGGGUCAUCUGCUUUCUAUUUGACGGAUGGGCGUUCUGGGACUAUGAGAGGGAAGCAACUUCACGUCUACUCCAUGCUCUACAUCGCACGGCUAGUGCUGGAAUGCCUAGCAAGCCUCGCUUACUUGCCAUGGCCUUGAAAAGCCGUGUCACUCUGGUAGGCGCACUUUACACAUUCGCGUAUCAAGGCGCCGAGGUGUCGAUUUCAGGCUGGGUCAUAUCUUUCCUCAUCAAUUAUCGCCACGGAAACCCCAGUAGCGUUGGAUAUGUCACAGCGGGCUUCUGGGGGGGCAUUACAGUCGGCCGAUUUGCAUUCAGCCAUGCGAUCGGCCGUCUAGGCGAGAAGCGUUCACUGUUUGUCCUGGCCAUUGGAGCAAUUGUCUUCGAGCUUGUGGUCUGGCUGGUUCCGAAUGUCGUCGGUGAUGCAGUGGCCGUGUCAAUUGUUGGCCUGUUGCUAGGUCCGAUUGCACCCUCGUCAACCGUGCUGUUCCUGCGGCUGUUGCCGAGCAAUAUUCAAACCAGCAGCGUCAGUUUUGUCUCAAGUGCUGGAAGCUCUGGAGGUGCUAUUGCUCCAUUCAUGACUGGCUUGGUAGCUCAGGCUGCUGGGACUUGGGUCCUGCAUCCGAUCUGUAUUGGUCUUUUCGCGGUUAUGCUCGGUUGUUGGGCGUUUCUACCAAAGAAGAUGAAGAGAGAUGAAUAAAAACCUGAAAGACUCAACGAUCUGUGAUGAUGGAAGAAAAUUCACGGCUGGGGGAACUCGGGGAAAUCUGAAAAUCGGCGUCGAGAGGAGUCUUAGCGGAGCACGGAGUUUCGUGGCACACUACACCAUAUGAUAUUCAGCACCACUAUUGAAGUAGUAUCUGUGGGGAUGGGAGCGCUGGCCGCUUGCGUAUGUAGCAAUGCAAGUACCCCCGUAU